AUGUCGAAGCAUCAUAGGCCAGUGGUUUGGGAUGCAUAUGAUACUCUAACAGGUGUCAGAAAGCAAUCAAUUUACUUUACUUUCGCCGUUCCGCCAGCGAGUCCUGAUAUUCGCUCAAUUUCAUCUCGUAACCACAUUCAAGCGAAGUCCUUCCGAUCGGGUCCCAAAUCGGUACCUUGCUCACCGCAGAGCUCUAAAUCUGCUUUAAUAGGUCGAAUCGACCCUCGUCGGAUCUUAUCUCCGGGUCGGGUUUCUCCCAUAGAUUCAGAUCUCACCAUCAACACAAUGCAAGAAGAGACUACUCAUGAAGAAGAAGAAGAAGAAGUGGUUGUAGAUUCGUUACCAAAUCUUCGUUCAGAGAGUUUCCGAGAACCUUAGAUCGAGAGAACUGUCUCAGAUCCGGGUCCGGGGUACGACGCUAGGGUGAGUCUGAAUGGCAGAAACGGUGGAUUUUUGGGGCUGCAGAUGAGCUCGGAGGUUCUGUCAGCUAACUCGGAUGUGUUCGCGGGUUUGAUUGCUCAGAAGUCUCCAGGUUUGACAUGCAGGAUGGAAGUCUCCGAUGUGGAGAAUCUUGGCGUUUUUAAGGAAACUGUGGAACUCAUGUUUGAGGAAAGUAAUGGCAUUAUCAAGAAGCUCAUGAAAAUGGGUGUUUACAGAGCCAUUGAUGUACUCGAGGUAGUGGCUGGAAUCAAAGUCUCUAGAGCCGGCUUGUCCUAUCUGAAAUAUCUUGAAGCUGUUCCAUGGACUGAAGACGAAGAGGAAAGAUUGAGGAGAGUUCUUGCACUUUAUAAUUUGGAUGAUGCUGCAACUGAAGAAAUUUUAGCGAGGUUUAAUUCAAACGAGACAGAGAACACACAGGAAAACUUAUCAAAGCAGCUGGUUUGGUCAAUAACCUCUUGCAGUGAUACAAAUCCUAGAAACGAGCUAAUAUCUCUGGUGAAAGGUAUUCUUUGCAAAAGUUCAGUGUACGAGAAAGAACAGCCUGAGAUCAACAAGGAAGACAUAUAUAAAGCAGGCAAGUACUGUGUGUAUUCACUUGUUAAGCUGUUCGAAGAGGGACGUAGUAGCAAGAGCGGAAGGCCAUUGAUUGAAGGUAUAUCAAGGGAAGUGGAGAACAUAAUUUGGCUGUUGGAAAUCAUGAUAGACUGGGAAAUAGCUGAAGAAUUUGUGGAGAUAUGGGGGAAGCAAAGAAAGCUAGUGGAGAUGCAUGAGGAAGCGUCGCCAAUGGUGAGGUAUGAAUUAAGCAUAGUAACAGGGUUGAUGUUUACUGCAAUUGGGAAAGGGAGAGUGUAAUGCGGAGGAGAAGCAAGAGCGGGGCUAGUAGAUAUGUGGUUCAAGCCAAUGUUGCUAGAUUUCGGGUGGCUGCAAAGGUGCAAGAAGGGAUUAGACGCGAGGGAAGUGGAAGAAGGGAUGGGGCAUACGCUUUUAACACUGCCACUGACGCAGCAGUAUCCAGUGUUCAUCGAAUGGUUCAGGUGGUUCUCUAAGCAUGGGACUGAGUGUCCUAAUUUCAGAAAAGCGUUUCAGAUUUGGUGGCGUAGGUCUUUCCUUAGAGGUGUAGAUUCUUCUUCUACUUGUAGGUGA